AUGUUGGAGAUUCAUGUGUAUUAUAAAAAUAAUUUUAAAGCUCUUGUACUGGGCCUCAACUACUUUUCUGCCAUCAAAAGGGCCGCCAUCGCCUACACUUUUAGCCAAAAGCCCCACUCAAGCCACUCCGAGAACCGCCUACCCCGAAACCUAAAAGCUGCCGUCGAUUGUUGGUGGGGUCAAACUACGGACUGGGAAUCAUUCUACGAGAACUCUCUAUCCCACCUCUCCUGGAAGCGACGCGCAGGGCGCAAGUACGGUAACCGAGACGGAGACGAGAACGCCAACGGAAGAGCCAAAGAGGAAAAAGAAGAAGACGGAGAAAGAGAGGGAGAAUGUGACGAAGAUAAUGUCAGCGAUGAAGAUGGAGGUGAAGAUGAAGAAGACGACGACGACGACGACAGCGACCCCGGUACAUCCUGGUUCGCGGAACACAACGCCCCCGAAAAGGUCUUGAGAUUCCUCACCUCCGAAUCUUUCCCGCUGGCCCCCUGUAAUACUCAUAAUAAUGGCAACAAGAAUAAUAAUACGCAACCGCAACCGCAACCUACUAUCCUCGACCUCGGAACGGGCAAUGGCAGCAUGCUCGCCCUCCUCCGCGACGAGGGAGGCUUCACGGGCGGCCAGAUGGUCGGAGUUGAUUAUUCAUCCAAGAGCAUCGAGUUGGCGAGGCAGUUACGCCAUGGCUCUCCCGGACGGGGUAGGGGCGGGGGCGGGGCGGAUACUUCUACAACUGCUACAUCUACUAUCCGCUUCGAGGUGUGGGACGUCUUUGACAAGCGGGCUGUGGAGGAGUUAGAUUGGUUCCCUGUCGCGCAGGGUGGAUUCGACAUCGUCCUGGACAAGGGAACGUUCGAUGCCAUUUCGCUCUCUGCGGAGGAGAUAGCGGUGGAUGUGGGUACGGUGGGGGGACCGGGGGAGAAAAGGGGGGAGGAGGAGGAGGAGGAGAAGAAGAAGAAUGUGGCCACGAAACGGUCCCGGGUGGUGCAGAGGAUGUGUGAGCGGUAUCCGGAGAUUGUGAGGGGGUUGGUGGUUCACGAGGAGGGAGGCAGGAGAGAACGAGGGCGGGGAUAG